AAGAUAAUAAUAAUAUUAUAAAUAGUAAUAAUAAUAACAAUAAUAUUGAUAGUGAUAAUAAUAAUAAAAAUAUAGAUAAUAAUAAUAAUAGUAACAAUAUAUAUUAUAAUAAUAAUAGUAAUAGCUGUAAUAGUGUUUGCAAUUUAAAAAUAGAGACACCAAAUAAUAAUAAUAAUAAUAAUACAGAAAUUAAUAAAGAAGAAACUUUAAAUUAUAAAAAUAAAUAUAAUUUUCAUUUAGAAAAAAUUUUUAACAUUUUUAAUACAAACAAUAAUAAUAAUUUAGAAAUAAAUUAUUCAAGAUAAUAAAAUAAUUUCGUUAAAUAAUAAUAAUAAUAAAAUCAAUAAUAUUUGAUAAUUUAAAUAAUACUCAUAUUAAUAAUUUAAAUUAUUUCAUAUUUUAAAUAGAGAUUUAAACAAUAGUAAUAAUAAUAGUAACAACAAUGGAGGCCUUCAGACAUUUGAUUUAUUUUUAAUACCUACAGAAAUGCUAGUUCAUUUAAUAUCAUUUUUAUCAGCAAAUGAUUUAUGGAAUAUUAGUUUAACUUGUAAAAGAAUAUGGAAUAUAGUAGAUGUAUUUAAAUUUUGGGAAUUAUUAUUUGAACAAUCAUGUCCAAGAAUUUAUUAUGCAAUGCAAUUUAAUUCAAGAUGGUCCAACCCAACCUCAUACCAAUCAAAAAUGAUAUUAUGUUAUAUUGAUAAGUUACCAAAAGAAUAUUAUAAAACAUUUGAUAAAUCAGAUGAAAAUGGGCAAAUAAAGAAAAUUAUUGGUGUAAUGAAAAAUAAUUUACAUAAUCCAACUAUAUUAAGAGAAACAUGUUAUAUAUUAAAAAGAUUAAGUUAUAGACAAAGAAAAGAAGAUGAACACGAAUCAUUAAUUGCUCGUUAUGAUGGUAUUGGUUUAAUUUUAUGUGCAAUGAAGAACCAUCCAUACGAUGCUGGUGUUCAAGAAGAUGCAUGCGGGGCACUUGGUAACUUAACAUGUGAUUCACCAAAUAAUCUUGGCUUAUAUUCAAAUGACAAUUACCUAACAGUUGUAGAAAUGGGCGGAAUAGGGUUAAUACUUCACGCAAUGAAAAAUCAUCUUAUGAACCCUGGUGUUCAAUAUAACACUUCAUUUGUUUUAAGAAAUUUAGCACGUAAUGAUGUCAGCGAAUCAAGAGUUGCUCAAGAAGGUGGUAUUCAAUCAAUAGCAACUGCAAUGAGAAAUCAUCCAAAUCAUAUUGGUAUUCAAACUCAAGGUUGCGGUGCUUUAAGAAAUUUGGGUUGUAACGAUAGUAAUAAAAUAUUAAGUGCCAAAGAAGGUGGUAUUGGAUUAAUAUUAAGAGCGAUGAGAGCUUUUGCCUCCCACCCAGAUCUUCAAUUAAAUGGUUGUGGUGCUCUUAGAAACUUGGCACGUAAUGAAGAUAACAAGAAUAUGAUAUCUCGUCAAAAUGGUAUUCAGUUGGUAUUGGCAGCAAUGUCAAAUCACCCUGAUGAUCCAGAUGUUCAAGACGAAGGUUGUGCAGCAUUAAUCAAUUUAGCAUAUCAAGAUGAAGCAAACGAAGAAACUAUUGCUCGUGAGGGUGGUAUCACUUUAAUCUUGAAAGCAAUGAGAAACCACCCUUAUCAUUCAGGUGUCCAAAUGCAAGGUAGAGGUGCCUUAAAAAAUCUUUCCUGUAACCCAAAAAACAAAUUAACAAUUGCUCGUUCUGGUGGUAUCGAAUUAAUGAACAUAGCAAUGCAAAACCAUCCAAAUUUUGCAAAUAGAUUUUUAGAAUUAAUGAGAAUUCUUCAAGUUGCCUUAGAAGAUAAUCCAGUAAAUAAUUUAUUUUAAUGAUAAUCAUAACAACAAAAAAUCAUUUAAAAUAAAAUAAUAUAAAAAAAAUAAUAAUAUAAAAAAUAAAAAAAUAUUAAGUAAUAAUAAUAAUUUUUUUAACCAAAAGGAAAUAGCUUAUAAUAAUAUAAUAAUAACAAUAAUAACAAUAAAAAUAAUGAUAAUAUUAAAAAAAAAUAUGACAUAAUUUUAGAUAUUAUAAAACAAU